AUGAUGGAAGGGAACGGAAACGGCUAUGAGCACUGCAACGAUUGCGAGAACGAGGAGGACAACAGCUACAACCGGGGUGGCUUGAGUCCAGUCAAUGACACUGGAGUCAAGAAGAAGAAAAAGAAACAAAAGAAGAAGAAAGAGAAAGGCAAUGACACAGAUUCAGCCCAGGAUCAGUCUUUGAAGAUGAACUCUUUGCCAGCAGAGAGGAUCCAGGAAAUACAGAAGGCCAUUGAGCUGUUCUCAGUGGGGCAGGGACCAGCCAAAACCAUGGAGGAGGCCAGCAAGCGAAGCUACCAGUUCUGGGAUACAAAGCCAGUCCCCAAACUGGGUGAAGUAGUAAAUACCCAUGGGCCAGUGGAACCUGACAAGGACAACAUUCGCCAGGAGCCCUAUACCCUACUCCAGGACUUCACUUGGGAUGCCUUGGACAUGGGAGACCGUGGUGUGCUGAAAGAACUGUACACCCUCCUGAAUGAGAACUACGUGGAAGACGAUGACAACAUGUUCCGACUUGAUUAUUCCCCAAAGUUUCUUUUGUGGGCUCUCCGGCCACCUGGCUGGCUCCCACAGUAGCACUGCGGGGUUCGAGUGGUCUCAAGUCGGAAACUGGUUGGGUUCAUCAGUGCCAUCCCAGCAAUCAUCCACAUCUAUGACACAGAGAAGAAGAUGGUGGAGAUUAACUUCCUGUGUGUCCACAAGAAGCUUCGCUCGAAGAGGGUGGCUCCAGUUUUGAUUCAAGAAAUAACCCGGAGGGUUCAACUGGAGGGCAUUUUCCAAGCUGUUUACACUGCUGGCCUGGUAUUGCCAAAGCCUGUUGACACCUGCAGGUACUGGCAUUGGUCCCUAAACCCUCGGAAGUUGAUUAAAGUGAAGUUGUCUCACCUGAGCAGAAAUACGACCAUGCAGUGCACCAUGAAGCUCUACCAACUGCCAGAGACUCCCAAGACAGCUGGGCUACGACCAAUGGAAAAAAAGGACAUUCCAGUAGUACACCAGCUGCUCACAAGGUAAUUCAGUCAGUUUCACCUCACGCCAGUCAUGAGCCAGGAAGAGGUAGAGCACUGGUUCUACCCCCAAGAGAACAUCAUUGACACUUUUGUGGUAGAGAAUGCCAACGGUGAGGUUACUGAUUUCCUGAGCCUUUAUACGCUUCCCUCCACCAUCAUGAACCAUCCAACACACAAGAGUCUGAAAGCUGCUUACUCCUUCUACAACGUUCACACCCAGACCCCUCUUCUAGACCUUAUGAGCAACGCCCUUGUUCUAGCCAAAAUGAAAGGGUUCGAUGUAUUCAAUGCACUGGAUCUCAUGGAGAACAAAACAUUCCUGGAGAAGCUCAAAUUCGGUGUAGGAAUCCCUUAG